AGGCUCAUCUGAGCCCAUUUCACCAUAUUUUUGACUAUUUUUUAUCUCGCCGACCAAUAAGCAUUAUGGCGAUUGUUAUAUACAAGUUACCACGCCAAAUUGUGGUGACCAAAAAUGGCGAACAAAAUGUUCAUGAUUUUGUUGUCAUGAACGAAGAAUUGAAGCCUAUUAUGCUAACACUUUGGGGAACGUUUGCUGUAAACCAAGGGGUUCAACUUGAAUUACAACUUCGGCAAGGGAAAUUCCCCAUUAUACUUGCUGAAGGAUUGAACGUUAAUGCAUUCCAAGGGUUGUCACUGAGUACACUAUAUAACACAUCAAUUGAAGUUGAUCCUGUUGGCCACGUUGCAAAAGUCCUUAAUGAUUGGAAGGACAAAAACUCUGAACUCAUCUACAAGGAAAUUGUAGAUAAGACUUACCUUGAUUCAUUGCUUGCAUUGGCAGACCCUAUAAGGCAACGAAAAACAUGCCUUUCAUCUCUUGAAACUGGAUUUGAACAAAAACCAAUUGCAUGGGUGAGAGGCAAAAUUAGAUUGCUUAAGCGUGAUGGUUUCGACUACUACGUUGGUUGCAAUUACUGCAACAAAAUAGUCAACUCAACUGAAGGCUUACAACUCCACUGCAUGAACUGUGGACAAACUGAUGGCAUCACUGUCAGAAGGUAUAAGGUGGACAUAGAAAUAUUUCCUCCUACACUUGCGUUACUUGCAACUGGAAAUAUUUUCUUCCGUACUUAA